AUGAGCGGCUUCACAAGAUUCCGUGCUGGCCUCACUGCCGCUGGUUGCGCCGCCAUCAUCUUCACAGGAGCCACUUAUGGCGCAGGCUUGAAGACACAAAAGGAAUGGAAAGAGGACCGACAAAGCUUCUGGGAGUCUCCUCAUGACGAGCAGAUUUCCCUUCUGCAGGGCCAGCGUGGCCGGUUGGUCACGGAGCGCCGGAAAUGGGAAAGAAAGCUCGAGUUUCUGGAUGAGAGGAUAAAAGAAGGAGAGGUGAAGAAGCCAGAAAGUUGA